AUGACCGGGGCACCAUCUACCACCGACUUGGAGGCCAAGAUCAACCAGAACCACCAGGACUUGUUGGCGGCUAUUGCAAGGAUUACAGCCAAUCAGCCAGCUGUCUCGCCGCUAGACCGGGUCAUGGGCCGACCGGCAAACCCGUUGGCUAUGCCUCCUGGGUCACAAGGUGGGUAUCCUUCACUUCUUUCUGGUGCUCUCUAUACGCAUGUCUCCGCCGAUGCCAUUGCACAAAUCCGCGACUUCAAGUUCCCUCCGGCCCAUCUUGGCCGUCUUCUCCGCACUUACUCGGCCCCUCCACCCCCUGCCCUCUCCCUUGUGUUGGGGGUCAAUGGUCUACUCGAGGUUUCACCCCCGCCGCUGCCAACUGGCGCCUCCGCUCUGCUCCGGGAGGUGCCAGACGUUCUCGUCUUUGCGGAAUGCUGGGCGGUAUUCACGGCCAUUCUCCAGAACGAGCACCUGGAGCUUCCGGUGACUCAAGGCCUCAACAUCUACCUCUGCAACGUUAUCACCAUCGCGAAGGCCUACUCGUGGGCUUCCGUUCUCGACUACCAUGUCGCCUUCGUGCAGAAACGAAUGGCAGACCCCUUCUUCAACCCUGUCCUCUGGGCGGAGAGCGACCCCCACCUUCACACUUCCCACCUGCUGGCCCCCAGCCUUCUUGCCAUUCCCGUUCCCAUCGCAACCCCUUCUGCCUCUUCCUCCCCGACAGCAGCAGCGCCAGCUCGUGCCCGGCCAGCAGGCGCUGCAGCGGAGAUUUGCUUCCGGUACAACAAUUCGGGUUGCAAUGGCGAAUCGGUUGGGUGUCUCCGCCGUCAUGUCUGCGGGAAAUGUGGUGGCUUGCACCCUCAGCCCCUCUGUACAGUGCCUCAGCCUGCAGCGGGAGUAGGGGGUGACACUGCCUGA